UUCAAGGCUUUGGCACAUUGUCGUCAAAAUUUCAGUUUUGGUUUCAUUGUCAAAUAUUAAUAUUACGUUUUACAAGCGAAACCAAUCGCUGAGAUGGAAGGUCAAAGUCCUUGAUACAAGACACCAGUUAUUUUGGUGCUGGACAUGAAUUAGCCUGCAUGUCUUGGUCAUGAUGUACUCGUAGAGAUCAGAGUAACAAGACCCGCUGACAGUCUUCUUACAUACUACCACCGCAGCAAAUAAUAGCAGUUAUGGCCAAUCAAAAUAUUCAAAGUAGCCGGGUCAGUCGCAUGAUUAUAGCUACCAUUAUAGCGUGUCUUGGUCCUUUACUCUUUGGCUACGCUCUCGGUUACUCCUCAUCGGCUUUGAUUGAUUUGGAAACCGAAUCUACGCCUGCUGUAAGAUUAACAAAGACUGAGGGGUCAUGGUUUUCUGCUCUGGUAAAUAUUGGGGCAUUAUUAGGAGGACCUCUUGGAGGAUGGCUGAUAGAGGCCUUUGGUAGGAAGGGCGGUAUCAUGGUUUGUUGUGUACCAUUUGAGCUUGGAUGGCUGCUUAUAUGUUAUGCCAAGAACAUCUGGAUGCUGUACACUGGAAGGCUCAUCAGUGGGCUUGGAGUUGGCAUGAUAUCAUUGAUGGUUCCUGUAUACAUCGCUGAAAUUUCAAGUCCAAAUCUUCGCGGAGCGUUAUGCAGUGUCAGUCAACUGGCGUUAACCAUCGGUUUAUUGAUGUCGUUCGCGUUUGGUGUCGUCGUGAAAUGGAGAUGGCUGGCACUAAUUGCUGCUGUUCCACCUGCCCUUUUGAUCUCCCUCAUGCUGUUUAUGCCAGAAACCCCCGUUUGGUUGCUGUCACAUCAUAAAAGAAUGGAGGCAGUUAAGGCUCUUAAAUGGUUAAAGGGGCCGUCUAUUAACUCUGAGGACGAAUGUCAUGCUAUUGAAUCGAACUUUGAUAAUCGAGCACAAAUGACAUUGAAAGAGUUCUGUCAGCCACCUAUCCUUAGGCCAUUAUUCUUGACCGUUAUUGUGAUGAUCUUCCAGCAGUUCUGUGGUGUCAAUGCAGUUUUGUUUAACUGUGCUGCUAUAUUUAAAGAAGCUGGUUUCGAAGACGCUAAAGCUGUGUCUAUAAUUGUUGCUGGUGUAGAGUUCGUUGGUACUGCGUGCGCGAUCUUCAUAAUGGACAAGGCGGGUCGCAAGCUUCUUUUAUGGACUGGUGGCCUUGGAAUGGCUAUUAGCCUUAUUGCGUUAGCUGUCUAUUUUGAGAUCUAUAUUCCUAAAGAUGGCUCAGUAACAGAAGGAAUAAUACACACUAUUCACCACAGCGUUCCCGCAUCAAAGAUAUCAUGGCUUGCUAUUUUAAGUCUAGUUAUAUUUUUCUUGUCAUUCUCGGUGGCAUGGGGUCCAAUUCCUUGGAUUCUAAUGUCAGAGCUGUUUCCCUUGAAAGCACGGGGUAUUGCUGGUGGGAUAUCGGGGUUUUCGAACUGGACAGCUGGUUUUAUAGUCACUAAAACCUUUGUGGAUUUCCAAAGUGUACUAACGCCACCUGGAACGUUCUUGUGUUAUGGGUGCAUUUCAUUCGCAGCUUUUCUUUUUGUUUUGUUCUUUUUGCCAGAAACAAAAGGGAAAAGUCUAGAAGAAAUUGAAUUGAUUUUUGACAAAAGUGAAAAAACUGAAUAUGAACGCAUAUAGAAUUAAUAAUCAAACCUUUAAAAAGGCCCGUAGGCUGCCUUACAAAUGGGUCGGGUAGGGCCGGGGGUUCGUUUUUUUUUUUUUGAUAAUAUGAGGUCGUCUGAAUCCCCCGAACCCCACCCAGUAUACGGGCUUGAUCGGAUUUGGUAAAGUAGUGUUUACUGAACCCCUCGCGAAACGUGUACUCAUUUAUUCUGCUUUGAAAAAUUCUUUUGAAUACAAAUUUCAAAAGCUGCAACAUAGCAUAUUGUAUAUCGUUUUAGGUAAAUAUAUGCAAAGUAUAAAUAUGUAAACWUUAUUCUUUUUAGAAUGUGCAAUUGGUACUUAUUAAAAGUUCUUAAGCGGAA